CGACGAAGGGCGACCGCCCCCUGUCGCAGGCUCCGACGUGUGGCGGCGGCUGCACAGUACACAUAUGGCAAAGCCGGCGCUUCCACGUGUCCUCUUCGGCACGUCCGCGCUCGGCAACCUCUUUGUGGAGCCGACGCACGACGAGAAGAAAGCCGUCGUCGAGCAGGUCCUCAAGGCCGUGCCGACAGCCCUCUUCGACAGCGCAGGCAAGUACGGUGCCGGUCUAGCGCUCGAGGAGCUCGGCCGCUGCCUCGAGGAGCUCGGCGUGGAGCCGGAGCAGGUUCUCAUCAGCAACAAGCUCGGCUGGAAGCGCGUCCCGCUCACCACGCCCGAGCCGACCUUUGAGCCCGGCGCGUGGGUCAACCUGAAGAAUGACGCCGUCCAGGCCAUUUCGUACGACGGCAUCAUGGAGUGCUACCGGCAGGGCAACGCGCUUCUCGGAAAGUACGAGGCGCGCAUCGUGUCAGUGCACGACCCCGACGAGUACCUGGGCGCGGCGGCCGACGAGGCGGACCUCGAGGCGCGGAGGGCGGACGUGCUCGGCGCCUACCGCGCACUCGCGGAGCUGAAGGCGGCCGGCAAGGUUCAGUCCAUCGGCGUCGGCGCAAAGGACAUCAGCGUGGUCGGGUUCGUCUCGGACCCCGACCACGUGAAGCUCGACUGGGCAAUGCUCGCGUGCUCGGUCACCCCCUUCGUGCACGGCGAGGUUGCGCGCGGGCUGCUGCGCAAGCUCGGCGAGCAGGGCGUCGACGUCAUCAAUUCGGCGGUCUUCAACGCCGGCUUCCUGAUCGGCGGCGACCACCUCGACUACGUCAAGAUCACCCGCGAGAGCCGGCCCGACGCCUUUGCGUGGCGCGAGAAGUUCACCGCGCUCUGCGGCGAGUUUGGCGUCUCCCCCGCGGCGGUGUGCGUGCAGUUCAGCUUCCUCUUCCCCCAGAUCGUCGCCGUGGCCCUCAACACGACGAAGCCUAGCCGGGUGCAGUCCAACGUCGAGCUGGCCAACGCGAGCAUACCGCCCGCGCUCUGGAGGCGGAUGAGAGAAGAGGGGCUCAUCUCGAUCGAUGUGUGAGAGCGGAGAGGGAGAAACGUAAAUUACGAAUUUGACGGUGCACCGGUCUCCGGUCGCGACAAGG